GAUUCAUCUGCGUCAAAUUAACAGUUCAAGUGUGCCAAAUAGUUCCGGCUCAUAAACAGUGACCUAGUGGCUAUGGCUCCAUCAGUUUCUGGUAUGAAGAUGAGGAAUCUUCUUUUUGGGGUUAUUCUGGGACUUCUUGCUGUUGUCCACUCAACACCUGUUAAUACUGUGACCCAGAACCCCUCCGAAGCUGAAGAUGAUUUUUUCCGAGAGGCCAUGACAGAUGGGUUCCUUAUCGAUCAGUCUCUUCCAACUUUACUCACAACUGAAUCACUCCCAAAAAAGCCGACUGACGACUCCAGCUCAAAUUCAUAUACCACCCAAAUUCCUCAGUCUGGUGUUACUGCUUCACCAGUGGCAAAUGAAACCCAGACAGAAGAGAGUAACAUUCCUGAUGGCAGUGGGGACGAGGGCUUCCAGAUAGGAGUUGAACACUAUACAACCACAACUCAGAGUGUUACACAUAUUCAGAGCACUACCCCCGCAGUUUUGCCAAGGGACACCGAUUCAGAUUCAUCUCCCACCCAAAUCCCUCAGUCUGACUUUACGUCUUUAUUAGCGGUAAAUGAAGGAAGUGGAGACUGGAUCAUGUCCAUAGCCACAACAACUCAGAGUGUUUCACAUGGUCAGAGCUCUACUGCCACAGUCUUGGAAAUAGACACCGAAGAAUGCAGUUUAGAUUCAUCUACCACCCAAAUCCCCCAGUCUGACUUUACCUCUUCAUUCAUGCUAAAUGAAGCCCAGCCCAUUGAUGAGAUCAUUUUAGAGUCAUCCAACAACCAAAACCUUCGUUCUAGGUUUAUUGAAGGUAGUAAGGACACAACCAUGGCCAUGACCACCACGAGCACUCAUAAUGACAUAAUCAAGCAAGGACGCAUUGUGGACGUUAAGGAAUCAAAUCAGGCAGAGCAGCUAAACACAGCACAUGGUACACCAAGUUGGAUCAUCAUUGUUGGUUUCAUCGUCGGUGUUGCAGCGCUAGUAAUGCUCUGUGUUGCCAUCGCUACAAGAGACAAGUGGAAUAGACCAAGCCAAGCAUCUCAACUGGAGACCAAUACCAACUCCACAAACCAGCAGAGGGGGCAAGAGUUGGAGACAUUCCUGUACAAAGACAGUCCGAGGGAGAACGGAAAGGCAGCAGAGUACACAGUCAUCCCCCUGGAGGAGCUUUCAGAGAGCUACUCAUCACACUGAGGUUCGGAAACAGAUCCUCUGGGAGGCUUGAGACUCUCCAUUGAACCACACGACUGUUUGAAGCAGAUGAAUUUCAUCAGAGGAACAAAACUAUCGGUGGCUGUUGAGCUAAAGGUUUCUGUGAACUUUCACAGCUCUGGGCCAAGUCUGAAUGAGAAGCAUGGCCUGGUUUUUCAUUUCUGAUUUUCAAAAACUCCUGUCAUAUCUUUACUUUGAAAAGUACAGCAAUAUUUGGUUGAUGUAUUUAUUGCCAUAUCAACACUGUUAUUAACUGUUGGGUAAGAUACACAAAUACCGUUUAUUUCAAACACAGUUGAAAACUCUUUACAGUGUUUUACUUCCUGUUUUUUUUGUAAAUAAUUAAUGUCCUUUUUUAACUCACACAUUUUGUUGUGGACACAAAAAUGUCUGCGCUAGUGAAAAUGUAUACCUUUAUUAUGAUGUUAUUUUAAAUCUUUUUGUAAAUAAUAUUGUUGAAGACGGUGUCGUGGAUUGUAACUUAUAUUAAGGUGUUUUUUCUCUGCUCUGUAGUAAACAGGGCACAGCCCAUUAACUCAUCAGCUUCUCUUGGCGACCUACACUGCACUUCAUCUGCUUUCAACAUGCACUUACUGAAUGCUCAUGCUGUAUCACAUCUGCCCUUGUCUCAGAAAUAAACACAACGGCAGCUCAUCAAUAAA